ACAAAUUGUAUUCACGUUUUUUAGGUCUAUCGUUAACAUUAAUUUUUUAAACAAAAACAUCACUCGUUAAAAAUCUUAUGUGGAAAUCUACGAUAUUCUGUAACUUUUUCAGCAGUGGCAGUAACAAUCAAUAUUUUCGCGUCGUGAACGAACUUUGGCAAUUAAGCCCGUAUAAAGCAAAGGAACGUUGAAUUAACGAAAAGAAAAUGUCGAACAGCAAAUGUAUCAAACAACCCCGUAAAACCUAUGCAAAGGAGCAGCAAGAAAUGACCCACUCGGAAAAACUACGAUUAAUAGACGAUGAAUUGAACUCUUUCUACAAGUACUGUCAACAGGCAGGUUUUACAGAAGAAGAAAUGGAUAUUAUUUGCCAACCAUUGGUCGCUGCAAUGCGACGUUCGUGGUUGCAACUUGUCUUUCGUGGAAUGCUUGUCCUUAUAAUUCUUGGCACCUUGGCGUGUCUAGCAGCCCAACUUGACUUUGUGGGGACACAUUUCUCAGCAAUCAGUCGCCUCUUGCUUAUCAAGGUUCUGCCAAUUUGGAAUUGGCAGCCUUUAUAUUAUGAAAACUGUAUGAUCAACAAUCCAUUCUACAAUGAUUACACAAUCACAGAGGAAGACUGUGUGACUUGUGAAGCAUUGGAAACUAUAGAUCGUUUAUCAGAUGUUAGGUAUCGGCAUCUUGUUGAUAACUAUUUAAGUCGCGAUGCCCCUGCGAUUAUCACAGAUGCGAUGGAUUCUUGGGCAGUUAUGAACACAGAUUAUUUCUGGUUUGAUAACAUUACUCAUCUAUACUUGGAAAAUGAAAGAUUAAUGGAAACAGUGCCCUGUGCUCUCACGUCAAAUUUGAGAACUGGCUCAUCAGAUUUGGCGGCUUUUUUGCGUCGAGUACAUUCUCCGGAAGUCGCCAAAUGGUUUGUCCACUGGCAAAAUUGCGACAUCAAUGCGGUAAAGGUACUGAGAAAAUAUUAUCAACGACCGUACUUCCUUUCGAGUACAGUCUCGCCAGCACACUUCAAUUGGGUUCUCAUGUCUUCGGAUUACAAUAGUCCAAGUUACAAGAAAGUCGAGUUAGACUCUGGCUUGAUCGCUCUCGCCCAAUUGCGAGGAGCUACCCAGCUUCGUUUGACACCUAUAAAUCCUUGCAAUAGCUCUUGUCCCGAACUAAUAGCGGAUUUGCAUCAAGGUGAAAUGCUGGUUUUUACCAAUUUGAUGUGGACUUUGGAGUAUGCACCAAUGAGAGGAUUAGACAACAUUGCUAUUUUAACAGAGACCGUAUGGGAGGAGGAUACAUAGAUCAAAACUGUUUUCACUUAAUGUCUUGUUAGUUCUUGAUAUUCGAGAUCUAUAUAUCACUCGAUUAUACAUAUGAACGUGUAUAUGUACGCUCAUUAUAUCAUAGUGCUGGAGUACACAUAAAAUAAAGUACUUUCGUCCAUCCAA